GAUACGCGCCGACGAGCGUCCCACCCUCUUUCCGUGACGGAGGUUGUCGUCUGUCGGAGGCAUCGUCGCGUGGGUGUACAUAGCUGUACAUAGCAAAACCAAAGCGUACGUGUCGCCGGGAAGGCGGCGCGACGCGCUCUCCUGACGUAAUGCACCUCGGAUUGUUGCGCGUGUAGGCAGAGACCAAGAGACUGAAGAGCACUGAAGAGCACCGAAGAGCACCGAAGAGAUCGCCGCCAAUCGAACGAUUAAUCCGAAGACUUCGCCUAGUUACCCGCCCACUCCCGCGUGUUUACUGCGCGCCGCUAAUUGAACGCUACUCCUAUUUGCAUUAACGUCGCGCUGAUGACAGAUCCACCUGAUCGGUAUCUGCUACUGCGCCGUACACCCGCUGCUGGAUCACGAUGGAGGACGCGAACGAGGUUUUGGCGUGUGCGGCUGAAUUCAUAAAAGAUCGAUUGUAUUUUAUAACAUUAAGAACAGCAAUGAAACCAAAAAGUAAUCCAAACACUCACUACUUCAGUAUUGACAACGAGUUGGUAUAUGAAAAUUUUUACUCCGACUUUGGUCCCCUAAAUCUGGCCGUGCUAUACAGAUACUGCCAAAAAGUUAAUAAGAAGUUAAAAGGCAUUGCACUCAGCAAAAAGAAACUUGUGCAUUAUACGACGAUGGAUUCGGAGAAAAGAGUUAAUGCUGCAUUUCUUAUAGGAAGUUAUGCGAUAUUGUAUUGCAAGCGUACAGCACAAGAAGUUUAUGAAUGUUUAACUAAAAGUCCAAAUAGUCCUUCGUUUAUCAUGUUUCGUGAUGCUUCGGUUGGACCACCAUGCUAUCAGAUAUCGUUAAGAGACUGUUUAAGUGCUAUAUAUAAGUGCCAUCGACUUGGUUUCUUUAAUUUCGAAGAUUUCUGUGUUAAAGAAUAUGAACACUUCGAAAGAGUUGAGAAUGGAGAUUUAAAUUGGAUAGUUCCUGGAAAGUUCAUUGCUUUCUGUGGUCCACAUGCGAGAUCUAAAAUGGAAGAUGGUUAUCCACUUCAUGGCCCAGAAUGGUAUUUUACAUAUUUUCGCCGUAAUAAUGUAACAACAAUUAUACGGCUUAAUAAAAAGGUUUACGAUGCAGCAAGCUUCACCGAUGCCGGUUUCUUUCAUAAAGAUCUAUUCUUUAUGGACGGUUCAACGCCGACGGACGCAAUAAUGCAUCAGUUUCUUAAAAUAACGGAAAACGCAAGUGGCGCGAUUGCCGUACAUUGUAAAGCGGGUCUCGGUAGAACGGGUUCUCUCAUAGGUUGCUACAUUAUGAAGCAUUAUCAUUUAACGGCUCACGAAACAAUCGCCUGGAUAAGGAUAUGUAGGCCAGGUUCUGUAAUUGGGCAUCAGCAACAAUGGCUGGAGAGAAAAGAAAUAUAUCUUCGAUCGUUAUUGAAAGAGCCAUUGCAAUCUGAAAAUGGAAAUCCAGUGCAUGCAUGUGGGAUAUAUUCGAUAGCUGGUAGACCUAAAGCAGCCUUUUUCCAAGGAGAUGUAAAGAACCUGAUGGAGGAUAAUGUAUCAGGGAUAAUGCAUCGCGUGGAUGAAAUAAAGUUGGACGAUCCUGGACCAGCGGCUGGGGCUAGCGCUACGACUAGAUAUAGUACGUUGACUCAAGGUGAUAAAUUGUGCAGAAUUAAAGCUAGAAGAAGAGGCAUAUCGACAGCUCAAACUUCUCUUAAUGCAAGUACAGGGACAUCUACCGUUGUACACCCAUAUUUGGGACCCUUAUUACAAACCAGAAGUCAAAAAGGAGCCAUUACUGCUCUAGUGGGAAAUAAAGAAAGAGAUCCCACCAAAAGGCUGUUAUCACGAUCCACCGCAACGACAGUCGUGAAAAGAAACAGUUGGUUGGUCAACAGUAGCUGUGAUCCAUCUUCCUGCCGUAUUAGGUCUAAACCGGCAACACAGAGUCAUAACAUCAACAACAAUACAACUACUACCAAUCCUGUUACAUCUUUAACCGUAUCAAAACCAGUGAGAAGGGCAAAACGUACCUCCUGCAUGGCUGCACAGGCCCACGCUACAAACUCGUCUGCCAAUCAUUCAGUAUCGCAACCGCAACAACGCAUGAAUAUGAUCCUCAGAUCGGCAGACCGAGUUACUCGCUAUUCGCUCAGGCAUGGCGUUGGGGAGGACUGUCAGGUAACUGGAGCAUCUCACCAGCGCCGAAGAUCUCAUCGCUUAAACCCCAUCAUUCAGUAAAAAGCACUUCACUCUGAUCUUCAAUCCUUCAACUCGAGCAAGUUUUGCCCAGGCUUUUUUAUAUCAUAAAUCAACGAAGAUCAAACUAUAUCUCUACCAAAAUCAUCAACACUGCAUUAUUGAUUAAUAUGGUUUUGCCAUAUUUGCAUCAUGGGAUAUGAAUUUGUUGCAGUGAUAUUUAAUAUAUAGCUUACACAGCUUUUAAUUGUUCUUCCAUGUAUCAGAGUAUUGCGAUGCGUUGAAUGUCUGCAAAAAAAAGGAGAAUCUGUUAAUAAUAUCAUCUUUUAACUCUAAUAUCAUCUUUCUGCUGGUCAGAAUGAGCACUUGUAGCUAUAUAUUUUUAAAAUCAUUUC